AUGCUCUCACGUGUUGCUGCUGUGAAGGCACCCCGCACACACAACCGUCGCCGCGUGACCGGAUCCAGCGGAAGGAGGAGGGAAGGAGGAGAGGGUGAGCCGCAGAGGCCCAACAUGUCCCGGCGUGUGUUUGCUUCCGCGGUGCUGCUCCUCCUCGUCGUGAUGUGCGGCAGUGGUGGGGCUUCGAACGCCGUGAAGAGUAAUUCGGGGAAUGCGCAAUUGCCUCAUACGGUCGAUCUAUUUUUGCCGAAUCAGACGCUGGUUGUACCGAAAGGCGGAACGUCUCAAGAGACGAAGAGGGAUGCAUUUGCUUCACCCUCUCUCGUCAGUGCUGGUGGAGUAAUUGCUGCUUUCGCCGAGGGUCACAUGUAUGCCGAAUAUGUCGUUGAAGGUAAAUCAACUAACCCGUCUUCGGAUGUUGUUGCGGAGUACAUUGACUCGGCGUGGGAAUGGCCCACUCUUGUUGAAAGGGUCGGUAAAGGAACAUGGAGAGCGCACACCGUGCUUGGCAAAGCGGAGGGAAAGAAGGGUUUGGAUGUUGUGCUCCGCCCCACAACAACCAUGAAGGGCAAUAAGGUGUUUCUUCUUGUGGGAAGCACUGAUUUGUCCUAUGUAAAUGGGAGUUGGGAAGAGGGCAGAUACGAACUAAAACUGGUUGUUGGUGAGGUCACGAAUGCCACGGGCGGCGAGCCGAGUGAACGGAUAAAAUGGGGCGAAGUUCAAUCGCCGGUGCAGCAGACUACUUUAGCUGCUCACAAAGGUGAAUGGACGGAGUGCCUUGCUUCUGGUGGCUCGGGUGUUCUGAUGGAGGAUGGCACCAUUGUGUUUUCUCUGAUGGCGAUUAAUGAAAAAGAUGAUGGCGUUUUCUCCUUGAUUAUUUACUCGAAGGACAACGGCAGUACCUGGUCGCUCUCUGAGGGCACUUCUCAUCUGAAAUGCGGUGCACCCCGCAUCACCGAGUGGGAGGGGUCACUUCUCAUGAUUGUUGACUGCGAGAAAGGCCAGAGGGUGUACGAGUCGCGUGACAUGGGGACAACGUGGACGGAGGCCAUCGGGACGCUUCCAGGCGUGUGGGUCAACUCAGGAUCGGGAGCCUCUCAGGAUUCAAGCCUGCAUGUGGAUGCUCUCAUCACCGCGACCAUUGAGGGCAGGAAGGUCAUGCUGUACACACAGCGAGGGUACGCCUUGGGGAAGAAUAAGGCCAAUGCGCUCCACCUUUGGGUGACGGACAACAACCGCUCGUUUUCUGUUGGACCGGUUGUCAUGGACAAUGCUGGGAAGGAGGAGCUCGCCAGCACCCUGCUGUACUCGGAUGGCAAGUUGCAUCUUUUACAACGGAGGGUCAGUGGUGAAGGCAGUGUCAUUUCACUUUCCCGCCUGACGGAGGAACUGAAGGAAAUUGAGUCCGUCCUCAGUACUUGGGCGCAAAAGGACAUUUUCUUCUCCAGCUUGUCUAUACCCACGGCGGGUCUGGUGGCAGUUUUGUCAAACGCAUCGGCCAGCGAUGGCACGUGGAACGACGAGUACCUUUGCCUGAAUGCAACGGUGACGAACGCCACGAAGGUCGAGGAUGGGUUUCAGUUGACGGAGCCUAACUCCAGGGCAGUAUGGCCUGUGAACAUUCCGGAUGAUAAUGUGCGUCAUAUAUCCUUGAGCCACAACUUCACACUUGUGGCGUCGGUGACCAUCGAAAAGGCUCCGAGUGAGAACACUCCUCUCCUGACUGCGGUGUUGGGUGACGCUGGGCCCGAGUAUUUCAUGAGACUGUCGUACACCGCGGAUAACAAGUGGGAGACGAUGUUCAAAGGCGGUAAAAAAACAACAACGGAAAGCAGGCCUUGGGAGGCGGGGAAAGAAUACCAAGUGGCACUCAUGCUGCAAAGCAACAAGACCUCUGUGUACAUUGAUGGUAAGUCGCUGGGGGAGGAAGAAUUGCCGUUAACAGGUGAGACACCACUUGAGCUUUUUUUGUUUUGCUUUGGCGCGUGCGACAUUGAUGGUGAUGAGGAGAAGGCGGCCAAUCCGAAGGAGAUCGGCAAAAAGCCUCGUGUGACGGUGACGAACGUUUUUCUGUACAACCGCCCACUGAAUUCCACUGAGAUGAGUGCAAUCAAGGACAGGAUCCCCGUUCCGACGAGAGCUCCAGAACCACAAGUGAAAAUUGCACCCAAACCUGUCGCACCUGCUGCACCUGCGGUGCCUGGCCCACGGGAAGUACCAGCAGCACCGGGGAGAACCGCCAAUACCCAAAAUGCGCCAGCGGGACGCUUGACUUCUGCUGGGAAUGAAGGGACGGCACGAGAAACGGGUGAUGGUGGGGCAAAUGGUGAUGCUGGUUCCGCGUACGGGAGGGUGCUGCUGCCGCUGCUUCUGCUGGGACUGUGGGGCUUUGCGACUGCGUGA